UGUACCUAUCUGCUUCUGUUUACCUGGUUUGCUGCCGCUCGUUAUUCCACAAUGCAACAAACCUUGCGCUGCCACGACCUUGGUCCCCGUCUUGGUCCAAAAAGGCGUCAAGCCCCGCCGAGUUGUAGAGAAUCCAACUAUAUACCACAUCAGCUACAGCUGCGUCACAUAGCGCCUUUCCCACAACGACAGCCGAACACGAGAUGGCUGUGCAAGCAGAGGCUAGCCGCGCAAGCAAGGACAGAGGAGAGCGUUACCCAAUUCGACGUGGAUGCUGCACCUGAACCACUGGAGAACGGUGUUGAUCUUGGGCCGCGCGACGACGACGUGCUUCCAAACAGCUUGGCAAACGCAAUUGACGAGGCAGCUCGUGCCACAGCAGAAGCCAUUCAGCGCGGCAACAACCGAUGCCAGGUCGAGUUGCAUAUGCCGGAGUUCUGGGACCCCAUCUCCGGCCCCAUCUUCCCCAACCAGGGGGACCAGGAGCGCUUCUGGCGCAUGACACGUCGCUUCCUGGAGCAGCUCGCAACCCACCUUAGCUGCAGCGGCUACAUUAAAGCGGUGUAUCCAGACGCCGGCGUUGCAGCCAUGCUGAGCCACCGCUGGCCGGACAGGGCCUUCAACAUCGCGUCGCUCAACGACCGCAGGCCGGUGGAUGCGGACGACGAGCUGGUGGUGCUGGCCUGCGUGGACCCGCCGGGGGCGGAGGACUGCAUGCGGGUGGUACGGCAGGUUUCGGAGCAGGACGAGCAGGCGGGGACCCCGGGGCGUCCCGUGGUGCUGUUCAACCAGCGAAUGUCCAGCGGUGAUGUGGGCCUGGGUCUCAACUCGCGGCGCAUCCGCAGCACCUUCCUGCGCGACUUCACCAUCACCUACAGCCUGAGGUCCAUCGGGGACGUGGGCACCGUGUUCCGGCGCUACCCGGGGCUGUGGAAGGUGUUUGUGGAGGAGGAGUCGCUGCCGGGGCGCUACCGACUGAUCCAGGAGUCACCCUCGCGGCCGCAGGGUGAGGCGCUUACCUUCCUCAUCCGUGAGGCGCUGUCCCCCUCUUCCGGCGGUACGGCAGGCGAGGGCGAGGGGGCGGGCGGCAAGCAGCAGCCGGGGCUGGUGGAGCAGCUGUCCCGCACCCUGACCUCCCUGCACUACUUCAUGAGGUCACUGCGGAACUGACACAACACGGCUGCACUGAACGGGCACGAGCACGGCAUGUAUGUUACACAAGCAUGUAUGAAGCGGCAUUAUGAAACCGUGUUGUAAGGCAAUCAGGGAAGCGGGGGUCUCUUGUGGGGCCAUGGGAUGAUGAGUGAGAGAAGAGGGCAUGGGGCUGGGGUGUUGAGUGAACGAGCAGUCGGGCGUAGGGUGUGGGUCGGAGCACUACACCGCACCCAGGUUCACUAGGAGCAGCAUUACAGCACGAGAGGAGUAUGUAGUAGACCGAGGUGGAGAGGAGAGAGUAACGUCUAGUGUGGCUUAAAGCCGUUUGGGUGCGGGUGGGUGAUGAACGAGGAGCUCCCGGAAUAAGGUUGCGUGUGCGGUAAGGUAUGCUCGACGGCUGUGACACAUGGGACCAGUGUCCGUGUGGUUUAGGUGUGUCAUUGCGGGUGUGGACAACACUAUUUUUCACCAAUCCCCACGCCAUGGGAAACCAGUCACGCAUGACGAACUUACGAACACCCGCCAAUGAGUGACGAUGAUGUAAUGGUUAUGUUGCAUGGUGGGGGCACUAUCAGGGCUG